GGAGCGUAGCAGAGCAGUUUCCGAUUUCUCCAUCUCUCUCUCUCUCUCUCUUAAUCCGGAUUUAAGUAUUAGGGUUUUUUUCUUUCUUUCUGAGCGACAACAUUACUCUCUGUGUGUGUUGCUCUGAAGAUUCAUUAUAAUCAUGGUUGCUGAUUCCAUCACAGACUCUGACGACCUCUUUCAUGGCUCUCCGAUUUCUAGAGAUUUCUCCAAGAAACGCAGCAAGGCGAAUUGGAUUUGUAAGCUGAAGCAGUGGAAGAUUGAUGAUCGUCGCAAGCAAUGGAUUUAUCAAUGGAAAAAAGCAAACGUAGACGAAGAAGAAAUAGGCCGUAGAUUGCAAUCUUUGUUAAAUAAACUUACUGAUAAGAAAGCUUGGCGGAUUGAUGGUUAUCAUGAAGAAAGAAGCAAUGAUGGUGAUGAUGAGAUUGUAAAGACAUCGUCUGCUAGUGGUAGUCCCACGAGUGUACUACUCAAGAGCAGCAGAGGCUCAUCUGUUGUUAGUGAAGAUUGUUUCUGUUGUUCUAAGCAGAUGACGACUGAUGAAGAGGAGGAAGUUUUCGACGAUGCUUAUGACAACUGGGAUGGGUUUAGAGAUGCGUUGAACUCCUUUGAGAAUGAUAAAGACGACACCUUUAAGCUUGAGCAAGGAGAAGAUCUAGUUCCAAAUACAAUCCAGAGGAGGAACAACAAGUCUACCCUUGAGAAGAAGCUCUUUCAUAAAGACAACAGGUGCAAGCAUGAAGCUUCUUCACCUCAAAAGAAGGCGAUUCACAGAAACAGUAAAAAGAAGAAGAGGUCUACUAACUCUGGGAAGCAAGAAGGUGAUGAUGAAGAAUGUCCUAUUUGCUCUGAAGUGAUGGACGAAACUGAUCUAAGUUUCAAACCAUGUCCUUGUGGGUUUCGGAUUUGUCUCUUCUGCCACAAGAAGAUCAGUGAAAACGAAGCUCGUUGUCCAUCUUGCAGGAAGGACUAUGAUCAGACGAGUAAUAGUAGUGGAGAAGUAGGCUUCCAGCAACGUGGUCGUGGCACAAUUCGCUUGUCUCCAUCAUUUAGGGGACUUGACAGAGCUUGAGAGAAGAGAGAGUCAGAGAGAAAGAAGUUCAAGAGUUUCAUGAAACUUUCUUCUACAUUUUUGCCUUCAGUUUCAUCAGAAACAACAAUUUUGUGGUUAUGCUUAGAGUGUUGUCAUCUCGGCAAUAAGUUUCAUUGACGUUUGUGAAUCAUAUACACAUAAAACCAAGAUUACUCUUUUAUCUAAUACAACAACAGAUCAUUUUUUAAUGUUAUCACAGAAAAGUUCGACUUCAUGAUGCCACAAACAAAUCUCACAAGCGGAUGAAGUAAUCAUGUUGUUCUCCUCACCAUAACGAUGCCAACCACAACUCUUUACAAAAGUGUACAUCUCGGUUUUUCUAAAUUCCAAGUCUCUAAAGAAACUUUUCUAAGGAAGUGGAUGAGCCUUUACAAACACACAUGUUAAUAAAGAAAGCGAGAACCAUUGACUAGGAAGAAUGGUUGCUGAAGUAGCGAUGAUUAGAGCGGAUCAUAACAAAGAAUGUGUGAAAUCGUUAAGGAAUGCAUCUUCUGAGGCUGCAUUCUUAUAAUAAUUGGUUCAAUCUGAUCAUAUGUCUUUACAUUCCAGAACAUUUUUGUGAGGUAACACUGAUUCUUUCUCAAAAACUC